AUGGGGGACCGUCUACAGUUUCUACAUCAGUGUCGCGAAGAACUGGGAAAAUUCGCGCCAUUUGUUGCGUACGAACCUACCGAUAAGAAUAUGAAACGACUCAAGCUCAAUACUAAGCACUUCUUCUCGCUCAGAGGUGGUUUUAAUGAGGAUGCGAAAACAGAGAGCGCCCAGCAAGCCAUCAAUAAAUUGAACUCGCUAAAGAUGUUCUUCGAUCAAUUCCCUUCGAUGCGCGUGCCCACCACACAACUGGGCAAACCCGAAUCGAAAAGGAUGAAGAGUGAGCCCGCUGAUAAGGGGGCAGGCACUGCUGCGUUUACAAAGGCUAGCGACCAAAUCACACAGCAACCGCUGCAGCUGCUUGUGUUUGACAUUACAAAUCAGGAAUUCGAACAGUUCUUCCCGCGAUGGGAUACAAAUGAAAUACCUUUGGAGCCCUUUGUCCUGGAGGCUAGCUCCAGUAUUGGACAAUUACAGAGUCAAUUGAUGGCCGAUAGAGCUCCGUCCGUACAAGAUGAACCCAUUGAAAUUAAUAUACACACCAUCAGCAAACGACUGCAAAGCGGCCUUUUCUGUACCACAACUACUCCACUGGGUGGACUUACUGAGAUUCGGAAGAGUAAUCAGAACGGGAUUGUGUGUUUACCUAUCCGAUCAAAGCGACCCCAGAUGGUCACUUUCAGACACAGAGAAUUGGAUUUUCAACAAGUGUGCAAGUACUUUGACAGCCAUACCUGUGGUGGCGUGGUGUUGCUGACCGGCAUGGCGGGUGUGGGCAAGACUGUGUUCUGUGCACGCUACCUGUGGGAACUCUUUGAGCGCGAGCGCAAUGGAAACGCGGCAGCGUAUCGGGUGACGCUGUGGCUGGACUGUUCGGGUUUGACCACGCGCACAGAGUGCGAGACGGCCUUUGCUGGAUUCGCUAGUCCGGCCUAUCUGGAACUGCAGACUCCCGAUGAUGCGAGCAAUGCGCAGAUCAUCGAACACAUCCUGUACAAGUGGUUCUUCGCGAACAAAGGUCAAUGGCUCAUAGUCGUCGACAAUGUGAAUGCCAUAGGUGCUGAGCAUAUCUUCGAUUUGCUGCACCCUAUCAGCAGUAGUGGCAGUGUUCUGGUGUCUAGUCGAUGGAAUGAGAUCAGCCUGAAUGGCAAUGGUAAGGAUCUAAAGUUGAAGUUGGAUGUGGUGGCCUUGGACUCUGCGGUAGAGUUCUUGGUCACGCGCUCUGGGAUGUCCGAGCAGGCGGCACAAACUCAGCUGUCGGAUAUCGAAGGGGUCGCCGAAAAACUGGGUAGACUACCCCAGGCGCUGGAUAUUGUGGGCGAACGUUUGCGCGGCUCAGUGCAGACAUUCAGCGAUUUCAAUAAGUCUCUACAACACACCGGUUCGCUGAAAAGUGUCCUCAGCUCACUAUCCCCCACUGGGGCGCAAUCGCUUCUGAGUACAUUCAGGCAAAUUGCCUACUCUAUCCCAGAAGGGCCCUCUACGGAAUUGCUGAAUAUCAUCGCCUAUCUACCGUCCAUUCACAUCCCAAUUGCCAUCUUCACUGGUUUUGAACAUGCGCGACACGACUUCCCAAAACAGGUCAAGGUGGCCUUCCCUAAUACCGAACUAUACCGUGCACUCGAAGGCCAACCGCAAGCUAUCCAUUCGAUCAUUGCGCCGUUGUUGAACUCCGCUGUUGUUAACAAAUUGACCGAAGCGACGGGUGUGCUCGGAAUGCACCCGGUGGUACAAGAGAUUCUCCGCGAGCUUAUGAAACCGGAGGAGUGUGUCAAAUAUCGGUCAGCCGCGGUGGAGUUGUUGUACUCGGCACUGUGUGUAGAGCGCAACGACGACGACAGCAUGUACUCACUGGGAAUUGAUGCGUUGAUUCCCCAUGUGUGGGAUGUGCUCAGCAACAGUAGCAGUGUGCAGGUGAGUGUAUCCGCGGGUGCACCGCCUACUUUAGAGUAG